AUGGCAGAGACCGUGGCUCCGGUGGUGAUCGAAACAAGCGUGGCGACGACGGAUGCGGCUGGAUCGAUGCUGGCGGUAGCGCUGACGCUGCCUGCAGAGCGGGCUGGCGAGGCGGCGGCGUGGGAGGCGGCGUUGGGCAGCGGGGCACCGGUGGCUUCCGGAGCGCCGGCAGUGAUGGUGUGCCACGGGCUGUUUGGCCACAAGGACAACGUGUUCUUCCGGGCGCUGGGUCUGGCAUUGGCACGCAAGGGCCUGGUCGCGCUUCGCAUCACCUGCCGCGGCAACCGCGGCUCCGGUGGGGCAUGGGCCAUGUCGGGCUACGCUGAUGACGUGGACGACAUGCUGGCGGUGAUGGCGGCAACUCGGGCUGGACUCGGCCUCGAGUUUGUGGCCCUCAUCGGCCACUCACGCGGCGGCAACUCGGUGGUGCUUGCUGGUGCCGAUCCGCGGUGCCCGUCGUCGGUUGUUGCUGUUGUCGCCCUUGCCCCGCGGAGGCUCAUGCCGGCCAUCGUCCCGCGGUACUUUACCGAGAGCCAGGUGGCCAUCAUCCGAGCCGCCGGCUCGCUCCGCUGGGUCCCGGCCUUCAAGCCGUCUGUUGAGGUCACCAUCACUACCCAAGACCUCGACACGCUGCUGGGCCUUGACAUGGACGCAGCCUAUGCCGCGCUCGACUCCAUGUCUUCCCGAACAGUCACCGUCGUCCACGGCGACGCUGAUGCGGUCAUUCCGGUCGAUGACUCGGCCUCGCUGCCGGCUGCCUUCCCGUCGGUCGGCUUUGUCUGCGUUCCCGGAGCCGACCAUCUGUUCACCAACACGCCCGACGCAUCAGACGCGGUCGUCACCGCCGCCAUCGACGCCGUCGUCGCCGCCUCCUCUACCUAGAGCAUGUCGUCUUGGUACUCGUCGGCAACAGGCGCCAGAUCGUCG